AUAUUAAUAGCAUGAAAUAUCCUUACAUUCUGCCCCCCUACAAUGUUGCUUAAACCUGAUCAAUCAAUGCAUUUGAAAGAAAUCCUCCAGUUUCGAAUAGACAAUGCCUUAACCUAUUUAUUUUGGAUCCUAAUUUAACAGGCUGAGAUAACAGCACUUGAUAUGAUGUCAUGUGGCACACGCAGGAGGAAUUUUAUUAAAUAAUGUCCAUGUCGCUUCCAUUUGAAUUUAUUGGUGGAUGAAAGGAUGAGACUUAGAUUUAGGUAAUUUACAGAGAUCAAAUUAUUUCUUCUCAGGGGUCGUUCGUAAAUUACGUCACGUUAAAUGACCUUUUAAGCCCUCCCCCUGUCACAAAGUGUCACAAAUUCUUUAUCUCCCCCCCCCCCGUGUCACGUCACACCUAAAAAAUCAAAACAUACAUAACAUUUUCAUAACUAAACUUAAGAUUUUAUUUUUUUAAAUUUUCCAAUAAUGGAUUAAGAUGUACUAUUAUUAUAAAACUGUGGUGCGAAACAUCGAAGUCAUCCACAAGCCGAAUGUAAAAUGGCCACAACAGUUUUUGCGUCAUUUUUCGAUAUGCUCAAAAGGUGUUAACGAUUGAGUUUCAUAGUACCUAUAAUACCUGAGGCAAUUUCAACCUCAAAUUAAUGUUUUUAAAAUAAAUUAAAUAAAGAUUUUUUUCAAAAUUAGAAAAUUCUAGAUUUAAAAAAAAAAAAACUCAUGACUUCACAAAUUUUUGAUGUUUAGGAAACUGCUUUAAGAAGCAAGAUAUUUAUAAAUUUUUUAAAUUAUCAUCAGUUAUUAGGGGAUGAUAAUUUAAAAAAUUUAUAAAUAUCUUGCUUCUUAAAGCAGUUUCCUAAACAUUAAAAAUUAGACUUACCAUCAAUGUUCCCUCUAAGGUUUGUUGGUUCAUGUGCAAAAUCAUAACUUUGUGUGCACAUUUUUAGAGCAUCAAUUUUUUUGUGCUCAAAUUUUACAGCCUACAGACACAAACACGCCCUUAAAUGGAAAUUAGCUGCGCGGUACUCAAAACUGCUGCGUGGCGUCUGUGAGUUUACUGCGCGGCCACGCAGCCGUGCAGCUUAAAGGGAACAUUGCUUACCAUUAUCUUGUUUUGUUAUUCAAGGAGUCAUUUUUAUUAUCAGAAAAGUGACAUAUCAGAUUAUGUGUUGUGUAGAUCAGGAUAUCAUUUCCCAUCUAUUUUUCUUAGUGUUAUUUUGAAGGCAAAUUUCCUUUAUAUAAAGCAUUUAUUUUUAACUUUGUUAAUUUACAGAGGAAGAUGCCCGCUUGUGCUUCGUGACUAUAUAAUUAAAUGUUUGACCAUUCUACUUGUAAGUAUAGCUAUGUGGUCAAUGUCUGAUGCCUAUUGUUUUCAACUGUAAAUGAAGAUCACUAGACAGAAUAUUCAAUGAUUUUUUUAAAACAAGUUGAAAUAUAUUCAAAAUUCAUAAUUUGCUCACUCCUUGCUUUUCUUACAAUUUUGUUGGAGUAAACACUUGCAUAUUUCUACAAAUAAAUUUUUAAGGAAGUAACCUAGAAAACUGGAAAUAAUUUAUUUGAAAUUGUAUAAUGGAGGAUUGAAAGGCUCAUGAUAGUUUUCAAUGUCUAAAGCAGAUUUUUAAUCUGAAACCAAUUUUUUUUUUUCACUGUCUUCAAUAACUGUUGCAGAAAGAAAUAUUUAACAAAUGGCUGAAUUUUUAUGUAAUGAAAAAUUCGAAAUUUACUAAUUUCAUAGCUUCUUUGAUAUUAAGUUUAAACAAUGCCCCCUUUCAGGUUGGUGUGAAGCUAUGUCAGCGUCACAUCUACGGCCUAGUGUGUGUAGUGGUCAUCAUAACUUUUGUCUGGUGGAAUAUAGGAGAUGGAACAGGCUGUGCCGGAACUCAGAUAGUAGAAAAUGUGGUAAGUAGCAGAUCAAGGAAGAAUCAAGGUAUAAAUUGAUGUUUUAUUACUAAAAUAUUAGGUAAAUUGGGGAAUAAUUCCUAGUGCAAUUAUUGCUUUAUCUUAUAUUAAAAAUAAAAAACUUUUUGAUGUAGCCAGGCAAAACUACAUUUCUAUAGUGGCAUGCAAAAAGAACAGCAAUGGCUAGGGUUAUUAAAGAUUUUUGCUCAAUUUUACUUACUACCAUACUUGAAUUAUUCAUUUUAAAUAUUAAUUUUUUCCCUUCAAAAUAUAAAUGCUUGAUCAUCAAGCGCAUAUUUGCCUUUAAGUACAUGGGCUCUGCCACUUCUGCAUAUUUUGAGCUGUAUGAAUUUUAUUUGUAAUUUUUUUUGUAUUUGAUUCCUGAAACGAUUUUUUAAAAUGUCACCCUAGCACUGCAAUGAUUUUUUCAGUGCCUGGCAUACCAGAAAAAGGAAGUGUCAGGUGACCUUUGUGAUUCCUUAUGUAACAGCAAUGAGAUUGAAAUUGGCUCAUGUAUUAAUAAUGCAGAUGGUUUGAAGGUAAUCUAGUCAAACAUUGUUGUUGGUUUAAUUAUAUUUAAUUACAAAAAUGUAACAGAAAUUAAAAGUUGUAGUUACAAUAGCCAAACAAUCAAGAUCACUUGUUGUUGUUGUUUUGAGAAAAGUUAUGAUGAUAAGAGCUGAUACCAAUAUGGGCUAAUAAGUUGUAUUGGGCUCUUUGUUUUUUUAGUUUUUUGGCUAAUUAUGUUCGUAAAUUUUAGAACACAGAUUUAUAAUAAUCGUGCCAUAACUGGUAUAAAACUACUAUAUUGAAGCUCUCAAUACAAUUUGCUCAGUUUAUACAAGUGAGGCCCUCUUAGCACAAAUAAAUGCUCCCGAGUCAGUUCUCAUGUAGCCUCAUGCAUGAGAAUGAUCACGGGUGUUUGCCAACUUUUGAUGGCAGGCUGAAAAAAGACAAGAUAACCAAGCUGACUUCCCCCAUGUUCCAUCUGACCCCAAGUAAUCUGGCCUGUCCAUGUGCAUAUCUCCUAAAGUACAGCGCCCCAAGUAGGGGGCUCCAUUACUCCACAGUAAUGAACAGUGUUUCAUGUUGGAGACCUUACCGUACAAUCUUAUGAAGUUAAAAGAAUAUGUCUUAUCCAAAGUUUUUUUUGGUGUAAUUAUCUUCUAGUACAUUAGCAUCUCAUCAAUUCAUGUUUGUGUUUCUUCCCCCCCCCAGAUCUUCCAGAGUGCAAACAUUGUCUUCACUGUUCAGAGUGAGACCAUCAGGAGCUGGGAGCAGGACAAGAUUGAGGAGGGUACUCUACUCAGAAGGUUUAUUCAUCAUAUUGAGGAGUUCCUGAAGAGUGAGCUGGGAAACGUGGACACGUCAACACUUAUAAACAAGAUCAUUGAGGAGUUUGAUUUAAACAGGGAUGGCAAAGUCAGUUGAUUUGGUGUUUUUGUUGGAAAAACACUUUUGCUUGCUGUUCUUUUAGCAAUUUACAAAUAGAAAUCAGUGAUUAGUUUAAUUUAAACUCAAAUUUAAUAAUAAACAUUAUAGACAAUUAAUAUAAAGACUAUUACAUCAAAUCUACUUUGGUUCUUGUUUUAUUUUUUUUUAAUUUUUUUUUUUCAUCCUAUAAGAAUUUUUAAAUAGUUGAUGAUUUUUAAGGAAAUAAUGCAUUUGAUUUUUAAAAAAAAGUUUUUUAAAAUUUUCUUUCUCUUAUAAAUUCCACCUUUCUGAUUGAGAUUAACAAGUUAGAAGACCAAGAACAUUUUAAAACAAAAAAAAAGUGUUCUCCUACUGUUUUAUUUUUUUUAAAUUUUUUUUUUUUCAUCCUAUAAGAAUUUUUAAAUAGUUGAUGAUUUUUAAGGAAAUAAUGCAUUUGAUUUUUAAAAAAAAGUUUUUUUAAAUUUUCUUUCUCUUAUAAAUUCCACCUUUCUGAUUGAGAUUAACAAGUUAGAAGACCAAGAACAUUUUAAAACAAAAAAAAAAGUGUUCUCCUACUUUCUUUGAUAACUUUCAAUACUUUGCUUUUCCAGAUAAACUUAGGAGAAGCUCAGAGUAUGUGGAGACUCAUAAAACUUCCAUAUUUUCUGGUCUUUUACAACUUCCAGGUCAGUUUUUAUUUGCAAAAGAAAAUAUUGAGAAUAAAGAUUUUGUCUAAAUAAUAGGGUUUGAGGACAUAAAGAUGUUUAAAGAUCCAUUUGUUAAAAUUUUACAAACAAUAAUCACAACUGCUCGUAAAAAGCUUUUUCUAUUGUGGUGCUUCCCCCAUUAUUUCUGGGAUAGAUCGAUUAUAUUGACAUAUUGUAUUUUGCCACUGUGCUGUAAUUAACGAAACAAAUGCCUUUAUUUUACAGAACUUUUUAUUUCAUUUUUCCAGGGGCAUUCAGCAGUUCCUCAUCUCAAUGGUACGUGUGGUGGUAUCAGUGUAUGGCACAGACCCCAAAUGACUCUUGGCACCAUCCUGUACAGACGAGCGACACCGUGGCCUAUUAGCCUCUUCACGAGCAAUGCCUACCGCUGGACAUUGCCCAACUGGUAUAGAAGGGCCAAGGUCAUGCUCAGCUUGCUGGAGUUUGUGGAAGACAUAAAUGAGAAGGAUGGUGUCAGGUAAGGAAAAUUUUACAUGGGGCAUCAACUGGGCUACAGGAAUUGUGCAGGAAAUAUCAUUUACACAAAUAUCUCUACAUUUUUGGUACAAUAUAUGCUCUCAUAUCUGUUCCCCUAAAUAAUAGAGUUGUUUGAAAAUAUUUUUUGAUUAAGUAAUAUUCAACUGACAUUUCAAACUCCCCAGAUAUUAUCUAUGCAAUGCCAAUGGCAUGACCUUGUCUCGGCUCCCAAAUUAUGAAAUUGUUAUCUCGGAGGAAACCAUGCUGCUGUCUAGUCACCAGGUCAUCAAGAAACUCUCCAAUGUCACCUGCUACCAUUCAGAUGACUGUGUUCUAACCCCGCAGUGCAAAACCACCUGCGAUGUCAGUAACAACCAGUGCACCGGCACUCUGGUGCGGCCCACAGCUGCCCAUAUCUGUGAUAUCAUGGAAGACUACCUGCUGUUUGAUGCCCCUAGGUUGCUGAAGCCGACACUGACUCGGCUGAUCCACAGGUGCCAAGCCAUGAACUUGCGCUCACCAAAGCUGGACCUGCUGCACUCGGUGGUCAUCAUUGACAUCAAAAGUGUUUUGUGGAAUACCCUGCAGUAUCUGCAGAAAUGAAACGUCAUCCAGUCUGAACAAAUGGGAAAAGAUCCUGGUUAAAAUGUUGACUUGCCAGAAACUCAUACCAGCGAAUGUUUUUUAACGGUUUGGGAACAUUAAUUAAUAAACAAGCAAACAUUUUUUUUAAUAUCUUAAUAUAUUUAGUAAAAAGAUGUGUUAGGAGCAUAUCUGUUGAGAAAUAUUAUCAGUCAUAGCCACUUGCGCUUGUUGAAUUAAAAGCAAUGUUGAAAUAGUAUGUAAUUACAUUUGCACAUUCGUGGCAUCUGCCUUAUUCAGAUCAAAGUUUCAACAUCCUAAGCUGUGUUUCCAAUUUAACGGAUUCAUCAUACAGCAGCAUGGGCCUUUGAGAAACAAAGUUUGCCACCUAUAUAUAUUAUAUACCUUUUCUGUACCUCCUGGAGACAGACCCAUAAUCAUUUCUCAGUAGGGUUUACGCUCUAUAGUGAUGAUUGUAGCGAAGAUCUCAAUUUACCAUUUGUUUUUAUUUAGGUUAUUUCUGCAAAAUGUCAGCAGUCCUUCCUAACAGUAUUUGAGACAAAAGACAUCUGGCUUGUAAUUCUGUAAAAAAAAAAAAUACAGAUCAGAUGAUAUAUGUGUUGAGUGUAUUGAAAGAGAAAAAAAAAAAGUAGGCAAAAAUGAAUAGAAAUAAGUUAAUUUGCAUUGGUGGGGUGUAUAAAUAAAUAGUCAAUGACAGACUUGUUGGCAGCUGUGAGAACUUUCAGCCUAUGCAAUAUUACUUCUACUUUAUGAUUUGUCAGUUGAUUCAAUGGGCACAAACACGAUAUACACCUAAAAUCAAGGUACAAUUCUUUUUUUCAUAAAUAACUUCAUUAACCUGGCCAGUAGAAGAUGCUGAUUAAGAGUAUAAAAUGAUGUUUCUUAGAAGAAAAAAAUUAUGUGCUUUUCAUAUAGUCAUUUAUUUUAGUAGCAUUUCAUUACAAUAUGAACAAGCAAUAGUUAAAAAAAAAACUGAUUUGCCUUCUAUAAUCAGAGACAGUGAUUUGAGCACUUCAAAUUUUUGGGCUGCAUAUCUGUUAGCUUAUUUUAGAGAAAGAAAAUUUGAUGAUAUUUGAUAAAUUUCUUCAGUGAAAGAAUUUUAAAAUCCUAAUCCAUUAUUUAGAAUUUUAAAUUCAUCAAAUGUUAUCAAAAAUAAUUUUAAGGUGAAUUUAAGGUCAUAAUUUAUAGCGAAAGAUGAAAAAGGAUGUUAUGAAAUCAGGUGCAAUUUAUAUUUGUGCUAACAUUUGUUUAACUACUUACUUGCGAUAGGAGAGAGCCUUUAUAAACAUUACCAAUAAUUCAAUGCCAAAAUUCUGCAAAAGCAUUAGCUAAAACAAAACUAAGUGUGUCAUUGAACUAUGACAACCUGUAACAUUGCUUUAGUCUCAGGACUUGAUUUUUAUCCAAUGUGGAGCUGCAGUAUUCUCUGAUAAGAGUUUUUACUUGUAAAUACAUAUUCAUAUGUGAUCUUUGAAAUUCUUUGAUUUAUGAUGGUGUCAGCAUUCUUUAAUUAAGCACAAAGUAAACUUGUGGUGCCCAAUGGUUAGAAUUCAUUUGCAAAAAUAAAAUCACCUGGAGGCCUAGCAGUUAAAAAAGUAUUAACAAAAUGAAAUGCCUUAAAAAGAAAUAAAACCUGUCAAAACUUGAUCUGCCCAUAAAAAAAUUAAUGAAAAUAAUCUUUUUUUUUUUAAUUGCAUGUUUUCAGGAAUUACAUUGGUUACUGGUUAAAUACCUUAAAUGAUUAGACUCCUUACCUUCCAAACAUUCUUGAAUUGUAGAACUUGCAAC